CACUUAUUUUUCUUUUUUAAUUAGUCACUUCCCCCUCUCUUCUCUUUAAUUGUCCCCUAAAAAUUAGGGUUCCUUUUCUUGGUUUCAUGUUCUUCUCUCAAUAGCAAGCUCUCCAGGAAGGUAGCGAAAUUUCUGAAUGUGGGCUAGCUAAAGGGAUAUAGAGCAUUCUAUGAUUAUCGUGUUCAUCAUUAUGAAACAUUAAAGCGUGGUAUGUAAUGCUCCAAACUGGAUUGUGUUUGGUAAGAUAAUAAUAGGAGCUGUUGCCCUAGUUUGAUUCAAGGAAGGGUUUAAAGCAAGUUGUGCAUCUAUUGGCAAGUUCAACGCAACAUAACUAAGACGGGGUCUCUCUGUUGUGUGGCUGCAAGGCCACAUGGCUCCAACACAGCCAGCAGAGAAUGGUCAACGGAUCCAAAUGAACCGUACUGGAGAACUAACACAAGCUUCUCCCCCCCUUUAUCAAGAAGGUGGGAUCAAAGCUUUCAAAAUGAAGCACUACCAGAUGGGUCACAUGUCGCUCUUCAACUUUUUGGUUCUUCUCUCUCAUCUAGUAGUAAGGAAAGAAGACUACCAGUGAGAGAUGACCAUUUGCAAAAUCACUCGGCAUCUGAUGGCACUGGCUCAUCUUUAAGCAGCCCAUCUGACAGCUAUCCUAUUCAACAAUGGAUUCCACCAGCCAAAGGAUACAGUAUAGAUGAUUCAGGAUCUAGCGUAAUGAGAGAGCCAGCACCAAGGCCGUUAGUGUUUACACCGUUUAUGGAGGGAACAUCAGCGCUUCCAUGCGGUGCUGGAUCCACUUCCUCCCGUUCAGAUGGUAGUGAGUCCGAGCCUAUGGCCAAGGCACAUGCUUCCUCAAACCGCAACUUCUCGAGCCGCUGUUCCUUCAUGUCCAAGCCUAUUUACCCUGUCUCGUUUUCGGACCAAGCACCUGAUAGGGAAGCUCAUCUAACAAUUACAAACAGAAGUCCUUUCAACCUUGCAAUACCCAAUGAUAGCAGCAGUAACCACAAUUCUGAUCUGAAAUCUGUUCGCAACCUUACACAGCUUCAGUCCAUGGUUGAGUUUCCAGAGAUCGGCUCUAAUACUCCUCAAAGAGAAGCGCACAGGUGGAGUAGUGCUAGCAGCAGUAUGGAUUUCACCGACAGUUCUGAGCAGUUGGAUACGGAGAGAGUUGGCCCAUCAUAUCCUAACCGAGGAGGAGAAUUUAAAUGUGGAUUGUGCGAGAGAUUUUUGUCACAGAGAUCUCCGUGGAGUUCUCACAGGAUUGUUAGAAAUGGUGACAUGCCAGUGACUGGAGUUCUUUCAUGUAGCCAUGUUUAUCAUGCUGAUUGUUUGGAUCAAUCAACACCGAAGAUGCAAAAGCAGGACCCCACAUGCCCACUUUGUUCAAGAUCAUCCGAGGAGAAUAGCAUGGAACAACCUCUAAUUUCUAGGUUGAGGAACGGAUUACUGCCAAAGCUUAGAUCUUCUAGGGAUGAAAUUGGGUCGUCAACAAGGCCAUGGGGUUGUGGGCAGGUAGGAGAUUGCGUGGAAGGUGCUUUGCAUGCAUCUCCUCGCAAUAAUAUGCUUCUGUUAAACAGGAACCGACUGAAGAAACAUCUAACGUUUAAGGGUGAUUCGAGCAAGGAGGUUGAAGAAAAAUUCAGGAAAAGUGGGUCAUUUUCAUCUCACUUGUUUCAUGGUAAAUCUGCUGAACAUGAUGGAGUUGGUUGCUCGAGGAAGGUUGGGUAUCCAGUUCUGAAAAGACGGUGAACCUAUGCGAGGAUUGAAGAUCGUUUUUGUAUGACGUUCUUGAUUUUUUGCUUUUUGGACAUCUAACACAUACUCGGGCACUUAUCACACUGACUGCAGUUUCAGAAAGACCUAUGAAAUCCAACAUGUGUUGUUGUACAGACAUUAAUACUUAGGGAUAGAGUUGUGCAGUAGCAGCAACCAAGACUGUGUACUUCCAGUAGCAUGGGAAAUGCACUGGAGCAUAUAGAACUCUUUCAGUCUAGUUUUUAAGGGUUGUUUUUCUUGUAUUAGUCCUACAGUUGUGCUAUGGAGAAAACUGGUUUUUCAGAGAGGAAUUAUCUUUGUUGUCCUUGAAGCUUAAGUUAGAAAAAUCUUGGCAUAGAGAAUUUUGUCUCUGUUACUGCCACUGGAUUCUACCUCCAA